AUGUCAAACACUCGAUCAAAAAUCGAUUCGUUGCAAGAAUUAAAUUCUCAGCUUAUUGCCACGAUUGCUGAUCUUAGAAAGGAGAAUGCUGAGAUUCUUGAUUGUUAUCGUUAUGACCACAUUACAAUACGUAAUG